AUGCCCCUGCCAGGCCAGCCGGGUCGCCGACACGAUAUCGAAUUUGCCCCGGCGUUGACCUGUUAUGCCAGGCCAGGCCUGGCUUGGCCUGCCUCGCCUCCCCUCGCCCCAGACAGCCCUUUGAGACGGGCAGGCGCUCAACUCUUUUGUCCCUUUGUCCUCUGCGACGUCUUAUGCCACGCCGCUCAAACACCGCCUCGCGGGAAGCGUGCAGGCCGGGCGUUACUCUUGGCCUCGUCAUGCCGCUCGAUGCCGUGCUUCCUUCUUGUGCCACCGCGCUCGCGUUGCCGUGCGGUCCUCGGCCUGCCAGCCGGGCAGGCAGGCCGAGCGUGCGAACUCUGCUUGUCAUGGCCACGGAGGGGUCCCCCUUCGAUCUCGGCGUCAAGAGGGCGGGGCAAAAGGGGCGUCAAUCGUCCUUCGGCGCCUGUCAACCUGGCGCUUCCAGAAAGAGGCCUGCCGUGCUGCAUCGGGCCGAAGGCAGGAAGACUGGCUGCUCAGAGAUAA